GGGGAUUGAUCCUGAGGUUUUUGAUGGGGGAUGUUCAAAUCUGGCGAGCAACAUGGUGACAUAAGAUAACCGAACAAGAAUCAGAUGUCUAGGUAUAUCCAUAGGCUGUAAGAAGAACCACACCAUUAGAAGCUUCCUACUGGGCUAAUACACCAUGGCAUAUGGUAAGACUGGGCCGGAAUCUAACUGAUUUCUGACAUUUAGACUUUGGAGAGCAUAAAUUGCCAUUUUUGGUAGAUGUUACUAUCCCAAUACGGUUACUAUUCUUAUCACUAUUAUUCGGGUUAUUAUAGUCACUAUUAUUACUAUUGUUAGCUUUCUUAUUAGUAUAAUUCGACCUUUGGCUUCAAUAAUCUGACAGCUUAGGUGCCAGAAUCAGGUGAAAGGGCCGAAAUGGUGAUUAUCCGGAAUAGACCAAUCAAAUAAACUCUUGGCCAGAAUUUUUGGAGAACCAAAAUGAAUGAUUAUUAACAAGAGUUUAGGGUUAUUAGUAUGAGCAGAGAUUGGAGCAUUAGGUUAGGCUUGGGUUAGAUUUUAUUUGGGUUAGUUAGGAGUAUAAUCAAUAGCUAUGAGAAAUCACAUCUCACCAAAAUUCCGGAAUUUUUUAGAAAUGUCUUGGAUCUUCCAUAAAUUCCUGCCAAUGAACUAUAUGCCAGUGGUUGGCAGAAAAGAAGGUAAUUGUUAUUAUCCCCAACCAUUUCUAGAUGGGAGACCGCAUGGUUAUUAUUAUAUAAAAGACAGACUAGGUUAUCUUAUGGAAAAUAGCUGCUCACCGGGAUAAACCUAGACCAUCUUUUUAAUUAUUAUAAAACCUCUUGGAUAA